AUGCGACAAGCGGCUCUCUGGCGUGCAAGGCCACUGCAGCCAUUGAAGCCAUACACUUGCAGAGAUUGUAUCUCCAGGGUGACGCGGCGCAACAUCUCACGAACCGCCGCCUUUAAAGAAAGCGUUUCCUCCAAAUCAUGGGACCAACAGGCUGAGAGGAUACGUGCUGGCGAGAGCAAGAGCUUGUUGACCAUACUGGAAGAGCGUGGAUAUGUCAAGGAUUUGGCUGGUGAUCGCAAGGCCCUCGACAAACUGCUCACCGACAAACGCAUCGGUGCCUACUCCGGCAUCGACCCCACCGCUCCCUCCUUACAUCUAGGGCACCUCUUGCCCAUGAUGGUCUUGUUCUGGAUGUACAUUCAUGGCCACAAAGCCGUUUCCAUCAUCGGAGGUGCGACUGCAAAGAUUGGUGAUCCUACCGGACGUCUGAACAAGAUGGCUCAAGGUGACGGCAUGUCCUAUGCUGAGUUUACUUAUCCUCUGCUGCAAGCCUACGACUGGUGGCAUCUGUAUCAAUCUGGUGUUCAAGUCCAGAUCGGUGGCUCUGAUCAAUACGGCAACAUCGUCGCUGGUAUCGACCUCAUCAAGCACUUGACUCCCAGACCCUCAACAUCGCCAGAAACCAAGCAAUUAUCUGGUCCUUUCGGUUUAACCGUACCCCUCAUGACCACCGCAGCCGGCGCCAAGUUUGGCAAAAGCGCUGGAAACGCCAUCUGGCUCGACAAAACCAUGACCAGUCCUUUUGAACUCUACGGUUUCCUCGUCGGCUCUGCUGACGCCGACGUCGAGCGCUACCUCAAACUCUUCACCUUCCUCCCUUUGGCCAACAUCUCUUCCGUCAUGGCCGAGCACAACGCCGACCCCAGCCAACGCAAAGCCCAACACCUUCUCGCCCGCGAAGUCGUCGACCUCGUCCACGGCUCUGAGGAAGCCGAAAACACACAAAACCAGCAUCAAUUUUCCCGCCGACCAAAUCUCCAAACCCUGCAGAACAAGGAAGCAGAAAAGAGCAAGGAAGGUCUCAAUCGCGUGUACCUGCCUCACAGCCUUGUCCACAAUAAACCACCAGCACGGAUUUUAUAUCAUGCAGGCUUGGCCAAGAGCAACAGCGACGGCACACGCAUGGUCAACUCUGGCGGCGCAUACAUCGGCAGUCAAUCCGACUCCAACGACUCAGAACUCAAGUUUCGUUCUUUGAAAGGCAUCACUGCUGCAACGAUCACCGAAAUGUUGGGACAAAGUAAUGUGCUUGUGCUUAGGACAGGCAAGUGGAACGUCAAGCUCGUUGAAGUCAUCAAUGAUGGCGAGUACGUGCANAAAAGUCUCAAUGCUCCGGGCUGGGAAGAAGUCAAGGCCGCAAAGGAGGAAUUGUCGUCUUAG